AUGGCUGCGCUCGCUGCUUCAUAUAUUGAAAAAAUGAAGUUAUUUGAUGGAAACAACAUCAAGGUGGUAACUUUUGGGCAACCAAGAACUGGAGAUAGGGCGUUCGCUGAUGCUCAUGGGAAACAGAUUGAGCUUAGUAAACUUCAGAUACCUUAUACCUUCCGAGUCACCCAUGAUCAUGACAUCAUACCACAUCUUCCAGUCAAAGGACAGAAACAAUAUUACCAUCAUAAAUCCGAGGUAGGUAAGGCUGCGCUGUUCCGCUGUUCUUCCUUCUUCGCAUUUACUAUUUGUUAG